GUGCUAUGGAUGGGAAGGAGAGGCGGGGGCAUGUCACACUAAAAACCGCAAACAAGAAAUGUGGCUUCUCGCUGGCUUGUGAUUGGCCAAGUGGAUCGCCUCAGCAUCAGACCGUUGAUAUGACGUCAUCUCGUCGGCCGCCUCAGCCACAGUUAUUUUUUUCCACAUUUGGUUCAAAUGUCCCAUUUCCAACGCUACUACAAGUAAUAAAAUAUAACUAAUUCAAUUCCUUUUCAUUAUUCGUUUGCUUUUAACUUUUAUUUACCCCCGCUCAUGCAAGUGACAGCCUUUCCACAAGCUCUAUGCGUGUUUAGUUUUUAAAAGUAUUUUUUGUCCAUGAAGUGAAUUCCCUUUGUGUAUUAAUCAAGUAUCUACCUGCAAAUCGAUCAACGUAUCAAACUCUCGCUUUAGAAAAUGAUUUGUCACCGCGGUUGCACUUCCACCGGUGAGUUUAGCAACGUCAAAGCUCAACGCUGAUUGGCCGAUGGGCGUGGCCUUGUGCAUAGCACGCGACACCGAGACCGAGCGAUGCGUCAGCUGUUCGGAGGAAUGACUGCUCCAUUUAUCCAUCUUCGGUUCGACAUCGCACGUUUCGUCUCGCUUUACAUUAGAUAAUGAAUUGCGUUGGAAGGCAAGUGGCUCCUUUCUAAUGCUGCGCUGAGGAACUGCUUCGUUUUCCCAACGGACUCAGAAGACCCGUCAGACCAUGAACUACGUGGGCCAGUUGGCGGGUCAGGUCUUCGUGCAGGUCAAGGAGCUGUACCGAGGCCUGAACCCGGCCACGCUGUCGGGCUGCAUCGACGUCAUCGUGGUGCGGCGCCCCGACGGCUCGCUGCACUGCUCGCCCUUCCACGUCCGCUUCGGCAAGAUGGGCGUCCUGCGUUCGCGAGAGAAAGUGGUGGACAUCGAGAUUAACGGAGAGCCAGUGGAUCUACAUAUGAAGCUCGGAGACAACGGAGAGGCCUUCUUUGUCCAGGAAAUGGAAAAUAAUCAGGAAGUGGUUCCCGCCUACCUGGCCACCUCCCCCAUCCCGUCAGACGGGCUGGUUCUGAUGAGCUCCUCGCUGAUGGGGAAGAGCCCGGGGACUGCCGUGCAAACCGUGGGGAGCAGCGGAGAGACAGGCACGGCGGCCACCAUGAUGAUGAAGAAGCGAAGGAAGAGGAGGAGGAAAGCUCGGACGGACAGCCUGAAGAAGGAGGAGAGUGGCGACGACUACUCAGAGGACGAGGACAUGUUCAGCAUGGACAUCAGCUCUGAUGAGGAAAUGGAGAGCAACAGGCCUCCUCCCCGAGAAGCGGCAGCGGCUCUUUCAAAACAAGCGUCCGUCUACGCUCACUCGGACGGCGACUGGAGCCCCCUCCAGAGCCCCGGGAACUCCCGUCCCGCAUCCCCCAAAAGCGACUCUGAGAUCAUGAGGAAGCCGUCCGACGCGGGCAAUCAGGAUUCGGCCAUGCAUUGGGCGUGGGGGGAGCUGCCGCAGGCCGCCACCCCGUCCUUCCUCCCGACGAAAGCCGAGCCGCCGCCGAUCGCGCCCGUGCCCAUCCCGCUAUCGGAGAGCGCUCACUUCUGUGCGAUACGAACCGUCGGCGCGUCGACGGACUCGCCCUCGGCAGACGGCGCCGCCGAGGACGCGACGGGCCAGCCGGCGGGAAAGAAUGACUCCCCAUCCAAGAAAAAAGACAGACGGAGCCGUCACCUGGGCGCCGAUGGAGUUUACCUGGAUGACCUCACGCAGCUGGAGCCGGAAGUGGCCGCCUUGUAUUUCCCAAAGAGCGACGGCGGCGCGGCGCCGAGGAGCGGCGAGGAGCCGGGUGUUCGCAGCCACUCCCCGCAGUCGCUGAGCUCCGGGGGCGACAGCGGCGUGGACGGCUACGGCGACCCGAUGGGCGACCUGCCCUCCAUCGCCAUCUCGCUGUGCGGCGGCCUCAACGACAACAAGGAGAUCGGGUCAGAACAGUUCCACGCCAAGAUCAUCUCGUACCAGCAGUUUGUUCAGAACCCGUCCGUCAUCGACGACCCCAACCUGGUGGUGAAAAUCGACUCCAAAUACUAUAAUUGGAGCAGCGCUGCUCCCAUCAUGCUGGCGAUGCAGGCCUUCCACAAGCCGCUGCCAAAGGCUGCCGUGGAAAACAUCAUGAAGGAGAAAAUGCCCAGGAAAGGAGGGAGGUGGUGGUUCUCCUGGAGAGGCCACAACAGCAAAUCGGACUCCAUCUCGGAACGGGGCGCCAGCGGCUCAGAUCAACUCGGGCCGUCGGCCACGGGCCGGCAUAAAGAGGAGUCAUCGUCCAGCGACGAAGACCACCGGGUGGCCAGGCAGAGCUCGGCCGCCAUCCAGUCGGAGGCCGGGACGGCCGCGGGAACCGUGUCGUACAGGAAGACGCUCAGACUCACCUCCGAGCAGCUGAUGUCGCUGCAGCUGCGUGACGGGGCCAACGAGGCGGUGUUCAGCGUCACCACUCAAUACCAGGGCACGUGUCGCUGCCAGGGAACCAUCUACCUCUGGAACUGGGAUGACAAGAUCAUCAUUUCAGACAUAGACGGGACCAUCACAAGGUCGGACACGCUGGGCCACAUCCUGCCCACCUUGGGGAAGGACUGGACUCACCAGGGCAUCGCGCAGCUCUACCAUAAAGUCAGCCAGAACGGCUACAAGAUCCUGUACUGCUCGGCCCGAGCUAUCGGCAUGGCCGACAUGACGCGGGGCUACCUGCACUGGGUCAACGAGAGGGGCACCAUGCUGCCCGUGGGGCCCGUCUUGCUCAGCCCCAGCAGCCUCUUCUCAGCUCUGCACAGGGAAGUGAUUGAGAAGAAGCCGGAGAAGUUCAAGGUGGAAUGUCUGACUGAUAUCAGGAACCUCUUUUACCCCAACACGCAACCUUUCUACGCAGCCUUCGGCAACCGGCCGACGGACGUGUUUUCCUACAAAGAAGUCGGGGUGCCGCUGAAGCGGAUUUUCACGGUGAACCCCAAAGGGGAGCUGGUGCAGGAACACGCCAAGACCAACAUCUCGUCGUACGUCCGUCUGGGGGAGGUGGUGGACCACGUGUUCCCCCUCAAGGCCCGAGCCUCGUCCUCGGACUUCCCCUGCUCGGACACCUACAGCCACUUCAGCUACUGGAGGGAGCAGCUCCCCCAGGUGGCCCGCCAGGGAACCACACCCCCUCGGACGCCCGUCCCCGCCCCGGCAGCCGACUCCUUUUAGCAGCGUGACGCAUUCAAAUGCACUUUGUGACUGAAUCAUUUAUUCAGGGCAGCUUAUUGAUUUGGAGGGAGCCUUUAUAUUUUUAGUAGAGGAGCUCAACUUGGUGCCAAAUAUAUACCUUUAUUUUCUUACACGAGUGACGAGUUAGUCCAUCCAAAUGCAUUUUACUGCACAAAUUUCCUUUUGUUCAUUUGGUUUCGAUGCAUUUCUUUGUCACCUGAUGCGUAAAAAAAAUCAUCCGUCUAUAACUGCAAUCAGAAGUCAGUUGAUGGUGCUUGAAAAUGCGUCCUAUUCUUUCUAUGAAAGAGCUGGAAUUUUGUGUGAUAUCCUCUGUGUAGACCACAUUCACUGUUAAGGUCAAAUAAAUGCUCUUGUAGAA